AUGGUGGUAAACAAACAGGUUGUUUCAAUGUGCUUUGUUAUGGCUUCGUUCAAGUUCAUGAGCAGGAUUCGAGAACUGGUCGGUAAUUGGUGGUUGAUGUUUAACGUUAUAAUAGGAUAUUGGUCAGCAGAAAUCUUUACGCAUUUGGCAGACAAUGCUUCGGUUGUACGAUAUGGAGGUAUAGCAGGUGCAGAACCUCAGACAGAGACACCACCGAUGGUAAAUGGAUAUUUACCUCAACUUCAGGAUUAUACGAAGACAACAUUUAUAAAGAAAAUGAAAUAUAUCGACGAUAAAGGACAACUUGCCAACAUAAACCCAGACGGAGCACAAUCUAAGCAUGAUGCGAAAUUGGAUUGUUAUGAUAUUUUGUUCGGUGGUAAUUUAGGAGGCGAUUGGGAAAUGACUAUGACAUAUGGAUGGUGGUAUGUGUAG